AUGUUAUCCCUUGAGCGAAAUUAUUCGAGGCUGUUCAGGCCGUGGGAUGUGUGUGAAAGUAAAGACGCUGAACUGCAAAAAGACGUGAUUAGUGAUAAAACCAGUUCUGAGAAUCAUGCGAAAGCGAAGAAGAGAAAACCGGAUGAACACAAAAGAGAGAACCGUUUACGGAAAAUUCGCGGAACUUUUAAGAAAAAUGAAGGGAACAGUCAUCAAGACGCAACUGUUUCCACUACAACUAUAGAAGCAGACGAUGAUUCAAAAGAUAAAUUAAAAGAUAGCAUUCACACUGAUCCAACAUCUGAUACGUUGAGUUCAGUCACAAAAUUAAGCAUGUGCUGCGACAGAUUGCUGAAAGAACCUGAAAAACAAGAGAAAAAGCAUAGGAAAGAUACAACAGUGUCACCUGCAGUGGUACCGUCCCCUGCAAAUUCAUAUUCUACUAACUUACCGCCGCAAAACCUAAUACCUCCACCGCAUUCUUACCAACAUGCAAUAAUGCCAGAGUAUAUUUCAGCUGACAUCGCACAAGCGUUGGGAGUACCUCCAACGGAUCCUUUGUUACUAGAAUCGUUAGCACAAGGAUACGCAAUGGAAUUAGAAUACGCGAGAAUAUUACAGCAAGAGAACGAAGCGAAGCUCCUCAACGCGAGGAAACAGCGACCGAAAAAGUAUAAAUGUCCUCACUGCCAGGUCGGAUUCUCGAAUAACGGACAGCUGAAAGGUCAUAUACGCAUUCACACUGGUGAGAGGCCCUAUAAAUGCGAUGAAAAAAACUGCGGGAAGACUUUUACAAGGAACGAGGAACUAACCAGGCACAAGAGGAUUCAUUCGGGAGUCCGUCCGUUUCCUUGCCCCACUUGUGGUAAGAAGUUCGGAAGGAGAGAUCAUUUAAAGAAACAUACUCGCACACAUUAUUUGCAGGCUGAAAGAAUGAUGCCCGUGUUCGUUCCUUUAUCAGCUAUUCCACACGUGGGUGGCUUCCCCUAUUUGUACGGGUACUGA